AUCAUUGUCCAAGGGAGUGUCUAAUCCUCUAGGAUCAACAAGACUCCAUCUCUAGUAUUCGAAGACCUGCAGCUCAUGUGCAUUUAGGUACAAACGGGCACAAUUGACCGCUACUCACAGGUCAUCUAGACCAGUCUAGACCAAUACACCCCCUUAUUCAAUACGAACAUUGGCCAACUUGUUUCUCAUAUCCAAAUUGACAGGCUCCGCGAGCUUGGAACACAUACUCUCCUCAUGAUGGCACUCGUCGGAGCCAUCAUGGAUCUCACUCUGGAGCUACAAGCUCUAGAUGUUGCAGAUCUCUCUGAGAUUACUUUGGAAGAACUUCGCAUCAAGAUUAAUCAUGCUAAUCCCUUAGCAAUUCCCAAAUAUCGUGUGCUUCAGGUACUGAUGGGAUGGCUCCAUGAGCAGAUUGUGAAGGACCUCCAGCAGGAUAUGUUAUCCGGCUUCGCGAACCUGCUACUGACGGGCAAUGGCCUAACGCAAGGUCCAUUCGACGAGAUUGACGUGAAAGUAACAUUGGAGCAGUGGCUUGUCAAUGACGCCGCUAAGAAUCCUACAAACCGACGCAGAUACCAAAUGGUCAAGCAAGACCUUUAUGAGCUAUGCACACAGGUCAAGCUUGAUAGCUCCCAAAAUCAACACCCCCAAGAAUCUACCCUGGAGCAUUCAGUGAAUUCAGUUGACAUGCAAGGAUUACAAAUAUUUAAGGAUCAUAAAGCCAGGCGUUCCAGGGGGCGGAAGAGAAAAGGUAGUAAGAAAACUACACUGGGAAAGGGGGAAGGGCCCCAAGGAGACAAUCCUUUGAAUACGAGCCAGACCAUGGUCAAGCCCAAGGCGGAAGAGGGUGAUAAGAAUGAGAGUAAGAAGGAUAAGAGUGAGAAGGGAGAAGAAUUGAGCAGAACUUCAGUAGGUGGUAUGGAAGAUGCGGUGGCCACUGGUAUGGUACCUGCCAAAAGAGCAAAUACUUCAGGUUCGCACCUGACAGAUAAUGCCUCAAACGACCCUCAUACGGCAAGAGCCUCAGGCACGCAAGGCACGCAAGGCACCACCGUGCAAGGUUUACCAGAGAGCUUUCCUUCUAAACCCAACCGCCCUCUUCCUCCUGGAUAUGUUUGUUCUUAUUGUCACCAACCAGGUAAAUAAUCUUGAACCUUGACACCUUUCAACAUUUUUUCAAUUCCUUUUUUUUUUUUAAAAAAAAAGAGAAGAAAAAAGAAGAAAAAAAACCUACCCGCUAAUUUUGACCUUCGCCUUUAUUAUAGGACACUGGGAUCAAAAUUGCC